AUGAGGAAGAGCAGAAAAAAGUUAAGUCUCAUGAGAGCCUUUGUCGAAAAGCAAGAUCCAUCUUCCAAGGAAGUAGACGAUUUGAUGAUCAGAAGGUUUCUUCGUGCACGCGAUCUCGACAUAGAGAAAGCUUCUACUAUGUUUUUGAAAUACCUGAAAUGGAAACGAACAUUCAUUCCAAACGAAUCGAUUUCGACGUCGGAGAUCCCAAAUGACUUAGCACAGAACAAGAUGUUUAUGCAAGGAAUGGAUAAAAAGGGACGACCCAUCACUGUUGCUUUUGGUGGUAGGCAUUUCCACAACAAAGGUGGUCUAGACGAGUUCCAACGUAUGUUCUUAAAGCCCUUUCUAAAUUUUUUUGAUGUCUUUUACUCACAAGAUAAUGUAGUUCACUCAGUAGAUGUUGAAUUUGAACCUGACAAUUAA